AUGGCGGCCAAAGCGAUGUGGGAGGUCGACCCGGAGACCAGGACCAAGCUUGCAGCGUUGGGCAAAAAGGAGGGUGCCGGUAACGAGAGGUGUUGUGACUGCGGUGCCCCUUCACCACAAUGGGCGUCCCCCAAAUUUUCCACCUUCAUCUGCCUGCAAUGUGCCGGCGUCCACCGUGGACUCGGAGUCCACGUCUCCUUUGUGCGAUCCAUAUCGAUGGACGCGUUUAAACAGGCUGAGAUCCUCCGAAUGCAGUACGGCGGCAACAAGGCCUGGCAAGACUUCUACAAUAAGAACAGCCCCUCUUUACCGUUUGAGGAGGCAACAAUAAAGGAACGUUAUGACUGUGAGAUCGGCGAGGAGUGGAAGGAAAGGUUGACUUGCCAGGUGGAGGAAAGAGAGUUUGAUAAAGCUGCCUUUCAAAGGGAAAGACAGGCAAUCUUGCAGAAGCAGGCAAGUCGGUCAGCUACGCCGGCUGGAGGAGCAAGGAACAAUAAUGCAGCUGUCUCAAGCGGCAGUCGUCCAAGCAGUCGGACCGCGUCCCCAGCACCUUCAAAGGGAGGACGCGUAACAGCCGAUCAAAAGGCACAGAAUGAAGCAUACUUCGCACGAAUGGGCGAGGCAAAUGCCACUCGAUCUGACUACUUGCCUCCCAGCCAGGGCGGAAAGUACGGCGGCUUUGGCAGCGCACCACCGGAGCCCUCUCAGCAGCAGGGUUCAGGUGGAAUACUCUCUACGGACGAGUUCUCCAAGGACCCCGUGGCGGCCAUCACGAAGGGGUUUGGCUGGCUUGGGGGAAUGGUCAGCAAGCAGGCUAAGAUCGUGAAUGAUUCUUACAUUCAGCCUACGGCCAGAAAUAUCGCAUCUUCGGAUUUCGCUGCCCAGGCCCAAAAGGCCGCCGCAGCCGCGGGACAGGGCAUCCAAUCCGGCGCUCGCGGUGCCGCCGAAUCGUUCAAUAAGUUCGUCGAUGGUCAGGAUGAAAAGGCCGCUUCCUCGGCCGCUACCAGGCGGACAGAGCCGGAGCGGAAGGAUUUCUGGGACAGUUUCGGCCAGGGCGGAGGAGGGAACAGCAACAGCAUCGGGACGAGUGCGAUGAGGAAAAUCCCCUCAGCAACAGUGACGGCGAAUCCGCCGCGGAAGACCAAGGAAGACGGUUGGGGCGAUGACUGGUAG